UCCUCCUGUCCGUCAGUCGCUCGUCUCCUCCUCCUCGGUGAUGGAGGUGAUGGAGGUAGGAUCUCGGACCGUGAUGUCUCCGCGGCCGUUAGCGGCUCUCUGGCUGCUGCUCGCCGCCUGCUGCCGCCUCAGCGCCGCCGCGCCUCACGGUUGCUUGUUUGAGAAGAAUUUGUGUGGAAAUGAUCAGCUGUGCGCCGACGAUGGUUUGUUUGGACAGUGCCGGCCUCCUCACCAGGACCCGGUCCAGUACCAGGUCUCUCUGUCCCUGCUCUACAAAAUGCAGCAAGUCCUCAAAGACCUGAUGAGGCUGGGUCUGACCUGGAAGGACGACAUCACACAGGAGAUCAUUGGCCAAGUGCUGAGUGGCGUUCCUCAAGACGACUCCGCCCCCAGGCUUCAGGAGAAGUCAAUCAAACACAGGUCGCCCGGCGGGUCGUCGCCCGGAGGGUCGUCGCUCAGCCAGAGACGGCGUCAGGGGCCCGAGGAGCCGAGCGGCCGCGAGCUGAUGCAGCAGUACCUGGACUACAUGGUCCUCGAUCCGUCCCGGCCCUCGGUCCACAUGCAGGCUCCACUGUUGGACCCGUCCACGUUCCGCCAGAAGCAGUACGACUACCAGGAGGAGGAGCAGGAGGAGGAGCGCUCCGUCAACUCCUUGGAAGAGAGUCCCGCCUACCUCGCCUCGCCGCCUCGCACCAGAUCCAGAGGAACCAGUCUGGACCGAGACCAGCAGCUCCUCCAGGACCUGGUGUCGCUCUACCUGAGCUCCUCCUCCUCGCCUGCACAGCCCCCCUCCCGCCACAGAGGGGCGGUACCAGGCGCCUUUCCUUCCUCACUGUCCUCCUCAUCUUCCUUCUUCCCAGAGCUGGACUUCCCUCUGGACUACGGGGAGGAUUAUGUCUCCCAGGUGGCCCAGAUCGGCAGGCAGCAUGAGGAGGCACAGAAGAAGGAGCAGAAGGAGUCCGAGGCCCUGCCAGGAUUCCACGAUAAAUAUAUAAACAAUGCAGCAACAGGAAAGAAGAUCACAGAGGACGCCAUGGUAUAUAAGAUGAUCGACCCAGCAACUUUUGCCAUCAAAUCUCCCAAAGCAGGCAUGUCCCAGAAGGAGGCCAAUCCUGGUACUGAGUCCAGAUCCAGACAGGACAGUUUGGGAAAGAAGAACCCCAGCGCCGGCGCUGGCACUGGGCUAGCCAAGGCCAAGGAGUACGGCUACAUCAUCACCAACCACAGUGCGGUCGGACCGGCGCUGACCUUCCGGGUCAGACCAAACUCGGAGAACGUGACGGCUGAAGACGUGGCAGAGAAAGCCGUUGCAGAGAAGAACUUGCUGGAGUCUGGAACGGCUCUGGAGACCCUGCAGAGCGGCGCUGGACAGAAAGGUGACGUGAAGGCGUUGCCCCUGGCGGCUCGAGUCCAGCCGAGUUCCCGCUGGGGGGUCGCCGCCCUGGUGGUCAUGGCCUGCAUUGGCAGCCUCCUGGUGGUAGCCACGACCAUCGCCUGUCUGCGCCACCAUGCCCAUCGGCUGGCAGCGAAGAAACUGGGUUUGGGUCCAGAAGGAGGCGCCUUCACCCAUCAGGAGUACCAGGACCUGUGUCGCCAGCACAUGGCCUCUAAAGGCGCCUUCGGACGACUGGAAGCAGCCGCUCUGGGAGCCGUGGGAGGAGCCAGUGGAGGAGGAGGAGGAGGUGCUGGUGUUGGGGGAGGAGCAGGAGGAGGCGGAGGUGGCGACUCCAGGGUGAGCAGUGUGUCGUCCCAGUUCAGCGACGCGGCCCAGGCCAGCCCCGGCUCCCACAGCAGCACGCCGUCAUGGUGCGAGGAGCCCGCCCAGGCCAACAUGGACAUCUCCACCGGUCACAUGAUCCUGGCCUACAUGGAGGAUCACCUAAGGAACAAGGACCGUUUGAUGAAGGAGUGGGAGGCGCUGUGUUCCUACCAGGCCGAGCCCAGUGCCGUGUCCGUGGCUCAGAGCGACGCCAACGCCAAGAAGAACCGCUGUUCCGACUCUGCCCCCUACGACCACUCGAGGGUGAAACUGAAGGCGGAACUCAACCCGUCGCGCUCUGACUAUAUCAACGCCAGCACUAUAAUUGAACAUGACCCCAGGAUGCCAGCCUACAUCGCCACCCAGGGGCCACUGUCGCACACCAUCUCUGACUUUUGGCAGAUGGUUUGGGAGAACGGCUGCACGGUGAUCGUGAUGAUGACAGCUCUGGUGGAGGACGGAGAGAAACAGUGCGACCGUUACUGGCCUGAUGAGGGUUCGUCCCUCUACCACAUCUACGAGGUGAACUUGGUGUCGGAGCACAUUUGGUGUAAUGACUUUCUGGUGCGAAGCUUCUACCUGAAGAACGUUCAAACACAGGAAACCAGGACGCUCACACAGUUCCACUUCCUCAGCUGGCCCGCUCAGGGAAUCCCCACCUCCACACGCCCCCUACUGGACUUCCGGAGGAAGGUGAAUAAAUGCUACCGAGGACGAUCCUGCCCCAUCAUCGUGCACUGCAGUGAUGGUACUGGCCGAACAGGAACUUACAUCCUGAUCGAUAUGGUUCUGAAUCGCAUGGCUAAAGGCGUGAAGGAGAUUGACAUCGCUGCUACCCUGGAACAUAUUCGAGACCAGAGGCCCGGGAUGGUCCGCACCAAGGAUCAGUUUGAGUUCGCCCUGACGGCGGUCGCUGAGGAAGUCAACGCCAUUCUCAAAGCUCUGCCCCAAUGAACCCGGUCUGAUCUGGACUGGCCUGCUGUUCCGUCGCUCCAGCCGCUCCCC